GCGAGAUCCAUCUGUCGCUCGCUUUCAGGAGCCCCAUAGAUUACAAACGUGCAGCGAAUCUCUCUCUUCUUCCUAAACAAAUAAAGGAGAAAACUUUCUCAUCGAUUCUCUCUCUCUCUCAUUCUUUAACGACAUGGAAUCGGUGCAUUAUAGCGGUGGAGACGACGACGCCGGCGUAAGGUAUCUUGAAGGGUCGAUUGGUGCAUGGCAUUUCCAGAUUGCUAUCUAUUUCGCCUUCGGAUUCUUCUUUCUGAGGCUUUUCCUCGACACAUUUGUCUUUCAAAGGAUAGCUGUAUGGCUAUUGAGCAGUACUUCUGCUGCGCCAAUUAAGAUCAAUGAUGCUGCUACUAGGGCUAAGAUCGUCAAAUGCAAGGAGUCUCUAUGGAAAUUCUUGUACUAUGGCGCCUGUGAGAUUUUCGUUCUAAAAUUCCUUUAUCACGAGCCAUGGGCCUACGAUGUAAAACUCUACUUUCACGCUUGGCCUAAUCAAGAGUUGAAUUUUUUCCGAAUAGGAGCAAUCAUCCUUGCACUUCAUGAUGCAAGUGACGUGUUUAUGGAAACUGCUAAAAUUUUCAAGUACUCUGAAAAGGAGUUUGGAGCGAGUGUGUGUUUUGCACUGUUUGCUAUCUCUUGGCUAUUGCUACGGUUGAUAUACUUUCCAUUUUGGAUCAUCAGGGCCACCAGCAUUGAACUUGUGCAUCAUUUGGAUAUGGCAGUAGCUGAAGAUACCAUCAUGUACUAUUCUUUCAACACAAUGUUACUGAUGCUUCUUGUUUUCCACAUAUAUUGGUGGUAUCUCAUUUGCGCCAUGAUUGUAAGACUUCUUAAAAACAGAGGAAAAGUUGGAGAAGACAUAAGAUCCGAUUCAGAGGAUGAUGAAUAGGCUUUUUGCAAGCAUGAUAGAUACGGAACAUGUUUCCAUUUCUCCAACCAAACCUCUAAGCUGCUGAAGAAUUUGUUCUCAGCUUCAUCAUUACCUUGCUGUUUAGAGUUGGAGGUUUUAAAAAGAAGAAAGGUUAUGUUUUUUUUUUGUUAGCCCAGUUUUGUAUUGGUGGAGUCCAUUUCGACGUUAGACUGCAUAUAAAUAAAACAGAUGUG